AUGACUACCUAGUGGAAUCCCUAUUUCAUACCAAAAGAAAAUUAUCAGUAGUUAAAUGUAAAGCUUACAAUCAAAUUAGAAUAUUUCCUUUGUAAGAAUUGAUUAGAAUUCCCAAUAGCCUUAACAUCCAAAAUCCAUACUAUGGCAUAAUAAAAUUUAGAUUCAAGUAAUAUGGAUCAUCAUAAUAGGCAAAUCCGAAACCUGAAGAAACAAAAUAUAAAAGAAACAAAAAGCAAUCCAGUUGUAUUCCAUUCUAAAUCAACAUCCCCUAACAAACAUCCAAUUCUACCUUAACAAAAGUUGCUUAACCAAGUUUAAAACCAACCUUACAGAAGCCAAAACCGAAUGAAGAUAAUAAUUUGAAAGAUUCAGCAGUAUGGGAGAGAAAAGAUUACUAAAAUCCCUAAGUUACUUUUGAAUCCUUUCUCAAUUAAUAAAAUCUCUCGAGAAAUAAUUCCAUAGAUAGCAAUAACAAAACUUAGUUCAAAAAAAAUCAUCGGCAAUACAGUCAUGUAGUUUAAGGUAAUUCAGGAACAUAUUUUAUGAUUUCCAAUAUCCCUUAAAAUAACAACGCUCACAACAACACUUCGAAUUCUUACUAUUCUAAUUAUGACAAGUAUAUAUAAAUGAAUAUUGAUAAUUUUAGCUGCAAUUCUCAAAGAGAAGAAAAAAAAGUUGAAAAAUUGAAUGUUCUUAAAUUUUUAAUCUAGGACAACUCCUCAAAUUAAUUAAGUGAAAGAACCAUCAAAAAGUAAAGUCCUAAUAACAAUUUAUUAAAACAUAAAAAAAAUACUAGAUGCAUUUCAAUGGGAGAACAAAAACAUUUGGGUCUCACCCUAGAAUGUGAUGAAUCCAGCAUUACAAUAUUAAGCGACAAUGCCAAUUCAACCAAAUCUAAAAGCAUCUAAAUGAAUCAAACUGUGAUUUAAAAUGAAAACGAUAAGGAUUCAUAAAUUGGUGGAUUCUCUUCUGAAACCCUAUAAGCCUUGAUGCUUUAAGAAAUCGAACACUUUCCGAAUCCUGAUUACAUGGUUACUAUACAAACUCAAAUAAGUCCUAAAGUCAGGGCUAUUCUGAUGGAUUGGAUGAUUGAUGUUUGCUCUGUCUAUCAGAUGAAAAGAGAUACCUAUUAUUUAGCUGUAGCAUACGUUGAUAGCUAUUUAUCAAAGAAAUCCAUCCCUAAAGUUGAUGUUUAAUUAUUGGGUACAGCCUCAAUGCUAAUUGCAUCCAAAAUGGAAGUAUAUUCAUAUGUUAUAUUCAAGGAAGUUGAGGCAAAACAUGCUAGUGAAUUUGAAAAAGCCGCCAAUCAUGGGUAUACAAUUGAUUAAAUUUAUCAAAUGGAGAUUGAUGUUUGUACUGUGCUAUAAUGGCAUUUGAAUCUUCCUACGAUUAAUCUUUGGAUUGAAUUCUACACUAAUUAAUGGGAUAAUUUUAUAACAGAUGUUCAAAGGAAAUUCAGAGCCAGCAACACAGCUUCCUAUAAAUGUAAUUCAUUCGAUUUUUAUCCUAAGUAAUUUUAAAAUUGCAGGCAUAUAUUGAUUGUUGCUAUUUGGAUAUUUAUACGUUAAAUUUUAAACCAAGAACCUUAGUAGCAUCCUUUAUGUACUUAAUCUUGGCCAUUGAAUACUAACAAUUCACUAAAGAAUAAAUAUAUUAUGAAAUUCCUAAGACCAGUAAAUUCAUACUUGUUGACUGUAAUCCUUUAUUUAAUUCAUAGCUUAGAAAUCAUUCAAUAAGCUAUUUACUGAAUUUGUAUAGUUUAGUUUUGGUUUCAAUCUAGUAGAUCUAAUAGAUGUUAUCAAAUAUGCAGCAAAAUUCAUAAUGCUUGAUUUUAAAUUUAGUGACACUGUCCAAGAUAAAAUCAUUUAAGUAGUUAUAUGAAUAACAUAAAUAGAGACACGAAGACUUACUUAUAUACUAAAAAUAUAAUUAAUCAGGACUUUUGUACAUCGAAAACAAACUUCAAAAGUGA